AAUAGAGCCAAUAUAAAAAAUACUAUCAAAAAGGAAGAGGUUCCACCAAAACUAUCACCAAUUUUAGCAGAGUCAAUGCGAUUUGGUUUAAUUAUCGAGUUUUUAUUAAUUGCUAUACCAUUAUUACAAUAUAUUUUCAAUUUUGAUUGGCACAACGACUGUGUAUUUAAUUAUUAUCCGCUAAAUCAAUACUACCCAUUAUUUUUAUUUACAAUUAUACUCAAUGGUCUUAUCUCAACAUGGAAGGGUUAUAAAGUAGAUGGUAAAUUAUUCUUUGCAGGACAUCAUUUCUUUACAAUGAUAGUUAUAUUCUGGUCAAUGUAUCCAAUGGGACCAACUCCAACUAGAUUCUUUAUUUAUAUUAUCAAUUAUUUAAUUAUGCGUUUAGUCAAGAGAAUUAAAGACGAUGGUUAUUUAACCAAGGAUCAAUGGGUUACAUUCUAUGUGUCUUAUGCCUAUUUUCAAACUGCAAUGGGAAUUAUUAUUAUGUGCCUUUAUCCAAAGUCUCCAAGUGGUGUCGAUAUGAUUGGGUCAUUAGCUCACUUAGACUCUUUAAUCACCUGCAGAAAAGAAAAUUUUGGAGGCAAACUUUUAAAAGACUCAUCCUUUUUAAUCCCAAUCAACUGGUUAGUUGAUCAAAAGUAUAAAAUUAUUCAAAAUGUACUAUCUGUCUUAGAUGUCGCUUCAUUAUGGUCUCUUAUCAUUCUAUCAUCUAAGCUCGAACUCAGUUUCAAUUUAUUUAAGUAUUUAAUACCAUUUAUUUUAUUAGAAUUUGCAAUCAAACCAUUGUUUAAGAAUUUCAAAAGACCAUACACCUACAAAUUUUCAAAUCACAGUUCAUUCCCAUCAACUCAUGCUUGCAUUUGUGGAAUAAUAGUUAGUUGUAUUGCUUCACUUACUCCAACACAAAGAUUAAUAUCCAUUCUUUCAAUGGGAUUUUAUAGAAUUUAUAGUCGUGCCCAUACAAUUGAGGAUGUUUGUGCUGGUAUUGCAAUG